AUGAUGGCUACGUUUGAAAAUAGACUCAGUCGAAGAAAAGGCAAGCCUGGUGGUGAUUCAUUUAGGUUAGACACUAAAAAUAAAACACCUGAAGAAAAUAUUAUUGAUAUCAUUCAAGGUUUAUAUUUAAAAAAACACCAUGAACCUUCACCUACUACCAAGAAUGUUCCUACAGAAUUUAGGUCAGGUUUGCGGACUACACAAAAAUGUAGCUCUGAAAGUAUUCGAGUCUCAUAUCUCACUGCAUUGGUUCAUUUAUGCAAAGAACAUAGAAAUAAUUUAGGGUUUACAACUGAUGAGUUAAUGACAUGUAUUCGGGUCAGUUUAGUGGACGAGUCCAUGCUCAUGAGGGCAACAGCCUUAAGAGUGCUAAGAUACCUGAUUCAAAAUGACAGCGAUGUUGCAACAUUUAACUCUCUGAAACUGCCAUACCUCAUAAUAAGAUCUAUGGACUUAAUGCUUCGCAAUGAAGAGGAACGCGCUCAAGCACUGCGAGUGGUUCGAAGAGUUAUCGCAGUGGUCGGGGGAAUAGAUCAGUCUAUGAAGCGUUAUCGAGCGGCUCAUAUUGACGAAGGGCUACUUCGUUGUCUUGCUUCUGUUGCUCGCGCGGGCAGCGCGGGCGAUGGUUCCGGUGAUAGAUUGUCAAGACCCGCAAUUGCUACACUUGCUGAAAUAUGUGUAUUGAAUCCGGAUCUAUUUAUAUCCUGUGGUGGUGUGACCGCAGUAACUAGACAUUUGGCCGAAUGUGCGACACCACGAAUGGCUGAAGCGCUCUGUGGAGUAUUAUUACAUAUAAUAAAUGAUCCAAAUUCAAGAAAUAAUGCCAGAGUCGAUUUGACAUGCCUUAAUUCUCCAUACUGUGACUUCCAUUUUAGACCGGCUGGGAAUGAUACUAGCAGAGAUGAACGCGAAAUGCGUUUUACAUGUAGUCGGCUAGCGUUACUAUGCGUUUUGCGAAGUUGGCCGGGGCUCUUGCAUUUUUGUCAUCCGCAAGCAGCUGGAGGCUUGAAGGCGUUGGUCGCAGCUCUCUAUCUACCACGGUUGGAGGUCCGAAAAGCAAUCCUCGAUCUGCUGUAUGAGUUAGUGGGAUUGCGUCAGCCUGAGUGGACUGACGAGAUUUCUGUUGCCUUGGAUGCUGUGGAUCCGUCAGAUUUUCAGGACUCUUGGCGUUUAAACGAAGACUUUGUAGCGGCCGAAGGAAUAUCAAUCCUCCCCCACUUGGGCGCCACUGGGCCCGAUAUAAUUGAAAUUCAUCUUGCCCUCUUGCUUCAGUGCUUUCUAGAGGCUGGUCUCUUGGAUGGUUUAGCUGAAGUGAUUGUAACGAGUGAUACAUUUAUCUCGGUCAGGGCGACAGUAUUAUUAGUGUCGCAGGCUUCAGCUGGAAAGCCUCAAGCAUUAGCAGCGGUCGCAGCGUUGCAAAGACUGCAUUCUAUGCUAGAAGCUCGUCCUGCCAGCAACAGUCUCUUCCUAGACCACAUCAUAAAGUACUGCAGUGGAGCAUAUAGACCCAAAACAGACGUCUCCAAGAGCAGAAAAGAGAAGGACAACGCCAGUAUGAAGCCGAAAUACGUCCAGAAAGAUAGUAUGGAAUUUCUGAACGAUUCGGAUGAAGGGGAACCGAAGCGGCAUAGUGUUGGAUCUAGACCGGACGUGGCGUCCAGAAAUGUUAGUGCGUUAGUGAAGAGUAAAAGUGUUAGUUCCCGGACUAGUGCCGCAGUGAGUAAAGUGACUAAAUCGGCUAAGUUUUUUAGCUUGUUUGAACGGGAUAGUGAUAAUUUGAUUAGGUCCUCGCUUGUUAUGCAGAAUAAGGAUGGGAAUACGUGGAAUUGGGAGGUUAUACGGACGGUUUUGAAGGAGUCGGAUACAAUAAUACUUAAUCUAAACGAUAGUGGUCACAAGGCAUGGGCGGGUCGUAUCAUAAACUAUUUGAAGCCGUCCUCCAACAAAUACUCACAUACAGACCUGUCAACCAACUGUAAUGGACAUUCAGCCACUCGAGCUGGUUGUCAAUUGAUAAGGCAUCUUUUAAGGCAUAAUGAUAUGGAUUCCCAAAAGUUCCUAGAAGAGUUAUUCAACGAUGUUAGCCAACAGAUAGAAGCUAUACAAACAGGGAAAAAGGCGCACGAGUGCCUCUUCAGUCCCCAACAUAUGUGUAACACUAUGUGCCAAAUGUACUUUCUGUUCAUCGGCCAGUUAUGUCACACCAAUACCGGUUUACGGGUGUUCAAGAUGUCCAAAUUGUAUGAGAACCUCUUGGAUUUAGCGACGAAAACACACCAUAGUUGCUACGUUAAACUGGUUAUAUCGAGUCUAGAUUAUACGCUAGAUGCGAGUCCGAGAGAUAUUCUGGCGAAAACCUUGACGUGCAAUAACCAAGCGUCAAGGUUGUACGCGACGCAAUUUUUAAACGUCCUCAUACGUGCCUCGAGAAAGUCCCGGGAUCUGAUCCGGAAGAAGACGAAGUUGAAAAAGAAUUUGCUUCAAGAUAUGUAUUCGCGUGAUGAGGAGUUCGAAGGUGUGGAUAUGGAUACAUGGGUGCUUCAGAUGUUGGUAGGGCAGAUUAAGGACGAGUCGAAGGUGGUUGUUAAAAAUGCCCUCGCUAUAUUGGAGGAGGCGUAUACAGUUCCUAUUUAUCAAGAAAAGCUAAUGUCACUACGAGACAGAUUGGGUGAAAACUGUCAGUUGGAUCGAGAUGCGGAAGCCAAAUGCGCGGAAUCGGGUCCGGGCGGUGACCACGCCUACUUGCUCUGGCUGGGCGUGCACAUGGCCGCCGCGAGACACGCCCCCCACGAUCACGCCGUGGCGUUCAUACACAAGCAUCUCAAUUAUUGGGAUAAGUCAUAUAAUUACAGGUACGUACGCCUAGUGGAAGCUGAAGUCCACGAAGCGUUAACAUUAAGCGAGGGUAUACGUAGAUCGCGCGGGACUCGUCGUUCCGCUCGUCCGCCACCGCAUAUACUCGCCGCUCUCGCUAUGCUCGCCGCGCCCGCUUCUGCCUCCGCUUGUGUUGCGGCUCCACCCUUCGCCCGGCCGUUGUUGGCUGCUGCAUUACCUUCGCAUUAUAAGACUUUACAGCGGAAGAACUGCUCAAAUGAGCAAGAAGUGAUGGAUUUGAAAGCGUCUCUAUGGGCAGUAGGCAACGCUGCUAUCACACCCCACGGCUUACAAGUUCUAAUGGGCCUCACUAAUAACCUUCUAGAAGAUUCUGUGCCCGUACACGUGGUACAACUAGCGAAAUACUGCCCGGUCUAUUCAGUGCGUGCGACGGCCUUUUACGUCUUGGGACUUAUUGGAAGUACAUAUGAUGGUGCUAAUCUGCUUUCGGAAUUAGGUUGGCUCUGUGUGCGUCACACGCGACAUGACCAAUUCCCCGUAAUCGCAGACGAGAAUUACCUCCAGAGGAGUGAAAAGGGCUACUUUGUGACGUCACCGCAACGAAACUUCGACAUUGACCUAAGCGAGCAUUCCGAUCAAAGUACAGCAGAGAGUUAUUCUGAAACCAGACUGAAUCGGACAUUGGGAGCCUCCAUCGACGAGCGAGAUGUGGUCGAUCACAAAAUGGGUUACGAAUCGGAUAAGAGGAAAUCUCAAACUCUUCCUACCCAGGGUUGUUCCCACGAGAGGUCCUUGACGGAGUCCCGUACGGUGGAUAUUUUGAGGGAUUGCUUGACGUACGAACGCAGUGGGAGGAUGCAUAUGGAGAAUAGGCUGUUGGGGAGAAUGAACUCGCUGGAACAUGAAGGGAGAGUUCGGAAUACGAGCGAGAGCAGCACGAGCGGUGUCAGCAGUUGUGACUCGUUUUUGGGCAAAUAUGCUAUUCCGGACCGUGUGCUGACUCUAAGUCCGAUACCCAGUUCGUCAAGUCUGUAUGGCAUGAAAGGCACCACCGCCACUCAUAGGCCGCGACCGCAAGAGACUCCACGACGGAUUUCUACCUCUAGUUUCACUGCCCCCGAUGUGGCCAGCUCUCCUCCGAGCCAGAAGGAUAUGAGUGGAUAUGCAACUAUUCAGUCAUUGAACAAACAUAGACGGCCUCACGUAUCAGAAGGUGCAGCAACAAGUUCCAGCGACAUUGAUGAAUUGGUGUGGCUGUUACCAGACUUUAAUAGACGUAAGCCGAAUAAGCCCUACUCCUCUGUCAGGGAACGGUCCAAGUCUUAUAGAGAGAAGAUGGCGAAGAUCAGUAUGGUAGAAGAAGACUGGCGGCCAUUGUGUCAAGCGGAGGGAGAACGGGCACGGGACGGACGGAAUAGUUGCGGACAAGUUGUUUUGUCUGCACCUGACAUCCCACCACCUCACUAUAUGGCUAUUUGUCUACCCAGAGAUCUGGCACAGUUGUUCCCAGUGGAGGAAACAAAAGAUGAGAAUGUUGAAAGUGAAAAAUCGCGUCCUCGACUACCCUCUUUUGCAGAAAACGUCGAAAAGCGAGUUACACCGGAUGUAAACAAAGAUCCCACAGCCACAGAUAAGAAAGCGAUCGAAAACGAUUACGAUGACAGUUACGUGAAGGACAUCAGUGCGAGUACGUUGGUGACAUCGAGUGCACGUCCCGGGAAAUGGAAGCACGGGGCAAGGGACUGCCUUGCCUGUGUCAGGACUCGGCCUCCAUCCUCUCAUGAGUUGAGAGAAGCAUUUUUUGCGGAGCUGGAAGGUGCGAGUGGGGAUGGUACUGACAGCCCAUCGCUCAUGGAAACCAUGCCCCAAGCGCAGCUCCUUCACCACGUCAUGUACAUGUCCAACCCCAUACACCUCAGACAGUGGUUAGACUGCUUGAGGGUCCUUACUUCAGGUUGGAGGAAACAAGACCAACUUGGUUCCUCAACGAUGGGAUUCCCUCAAAUUGUCUUUGACCGAGUGUCAGAGACAAGUGGUGCUUUCCUAGCAGCAGUCGCAGGCAUAUCUGCAUUUGUUGGGUUUGGUGCAACAUUAGCAGCAGCUAGAAAAUCUGAUCCAAAAUAUUUUAAUAAAGGAAUACAAGGGAGUGUUGAACUAGCAGAUGCCGGAGCAAUUCUGGCACUGAGAGCACUUGGAUGGGGUACUUUUUAUGCAGUAGCUGGUACAUCAUGUCUUUGUUAUGGUAUAUGGAAAUUGUCUGGUGCUAAAGAUCUUAAAGACUUUCGUAUCAAAAUGGGGAAUAUGCUGCCAAUACUGCCAAAGAAUAACCCUCCAAAAUCGAGAACAGAAUUCAGUGGUUUAAAUGAUCUCCUAACCUAUUUAUCAGAAGACUAUGGGAAGAAGAAAUAA